AUGAUAUUAACAACUGGUCAUACUUGUGAUGGUGGCAAUCGAACUCUACGUUGGUCACAAUUUUGUGAUGGGAUCAUUGACUGUCAUGAUCGGUUCGAUGAAGAAGGGAGUUUUUGCAAACGUUGUAUCAACAACCUAUACUCAUGUUCGCCGAAAGAUGACAUCCGUUGUGAUUUAGCUUGCAAAAUGUUACACUAUGUACCGUGUCAAACAAUACAAGAUCGUCGAGCAUGUGCCGGAUAUGCACAAUACUUAGCUGAUGAAAAUGUGUUUUUUCAAUGGUUCGAACAAUUCAAAUACUACAUUAUAACUGCUGUGCUUGUCCUUCUUGUUAGCUUGAGCAUAGUUAUGCUAUGCAAAUAUAUUUGUCGAUUACGUCAAGCGAAAUCUUCGAUCGAAACGAAACAAUCUACAAAUCUCUCUGACAUAUGUGAUAAUUCCGACGAAUCUGAUACGCUCUCAAGUCAUAUCUAUGAGCAAUGCUAUGAACCACCGCCCUAUGAAGUAGUACAAAAACAUUCACUGAUACGAACUUAUUAUGAACAUUCAGUAUAA